UGUGUGUGUGUGUGUGUGUGUGUGUGUGUGUUUAUAUAUAUAAAAUUUGGCAUUUGUGCUCUGAAGUGUAACUACCUAUCUGGUGCCAUUUUCUUUUCAGCUUCAGCAGUAUUUACUUUAUAGGCAUGAUGGUGAUAUUUACAAUCAGCAGUGAAUGAUGCCAAGAAAAUAUGCAGUUUCCUUUCCUUUUGUUUUUUUGGUUUUUUUUUUGGAAUAUUUUCUUCAUAUUUGAGUCAGAUUUAUUGGAUAAUAUGCAUCCAAAAAGGUUCUAUGAAUUAUGAAUUGGGAUUUUUAUUUAUUUGUAAAAUUCAAACUGGGAAGUUUUACUUGAACAUUUUUAAGUUGAGGGCCAGGUAGGAAACAUUAAAGUAAAUUAAUGUGAAGAGAAGAUAAAUAAUAGUAUAGAAUUUUCUUACUUAGCUUAGUGUUUGAUAAAAGAGUGCUUUUUUUCUUAAAGCUUGUGAACAUUUUUAAAGGUUGUGAAUAUGUGCAUGCAACUGUUGAUAACAGUGUUUGAAAUGUCUUUGCUAGGGCACCCGGCUCCAACAAUGCUGUCCAUCCAAAAGUGGCAGUUCUCGAUGAGUGCAAUUAAAGAAGAACAAGAAUUAAUGGAAGAAAUGAAUGAAGAUGAGCCUAUUAAAGCAAAAAAACGGAAACAUCUCUGUAAGGUUUUUAACUGCUUUUAUCAGGAGAAUGUCAAAGAAGUCCUUUAUGUGGAUUGCCCGAGCUUCUCUAUUUAGGUACAAAGCUAAAAGCCUGUUUUUCCUGGCUUAGUUUUCCUUUUAUUUAUUUUAUUGAGAUAGAUAGUGAUAGUUUAUAUCGUGACAUUUAGUGUAAUUAUGUAAAGGUUGUCUUUAUUAUAUUUCUUUGCUAUCUUUGAACUCCUUUAACUAUUUAAAUAGUUCUUCAGUAAAGUAAGAAGGUACAUUGUUUGGCAAAUUGCUUUACCUGUUUAUUUUGUGAAUGUUUUAGGUCACAGACUAUCUUGCUAAAUUCCUGUAGGUCAUGGAUUGUGUUUUCUAUUUCUUUUGAGGCACUCCUUAAUUCCCCAAAUGCCAAUUACCUCUCAUUAUUAGUCUUUGUAGCUACCUGUAGCAUAUUUGAACCUCCUAUAGCAUGCUUUUGAAUUUGCAAUAAUUUGCAUAGGGAAUAUAAACAAAUUUUAUUAGCAUUAUAUAAUUUGCAGAUCAUAUUUUUUUUAUUAUUAUUAGUUCUAGUUAGGGACCAAGCUUGUUUCACAUGUAAGUCCCUCCUCCCUCCCCUCACCCCCAU